CAUUUAAAUAAUGGUUGCUGAUAAAUAAUAUUAUUAAAGUUUUUAUAUGUCAUUGCUUUAACAAUGUAUUAAAACUGCGCCCUUUGAUGAAAUACUUUUUUUGGUUUUUGAGAUUUUUUUUUUUUUUAUGAUGAAGUAUUUUUUAGCUGGACGCAGUAGCUCACACCUGUAAUCCCAGCACUUUGGGAGGCCAAGGCGGGCAGAUCACCUGGAGUCAGGAGUUCCAGACCAGCCUGGCCAACAUGACAAAACCCUGUCUCUACUAAAAAUACAAAAAAAAUUAGCUGGGCUUGGUGGCAGACACCUGUAAUCCCAGAUACUGAGGCUGGGGCAGGGGAGUCGAUUGAACCUGUGAGGCGAGAGGUUGUGCAUCAUUGCAUUCCAGCCUGGGCAACAAGUGUGAAAUUCUGGCUAAAAAAAAUACAUGUUUUUUUAAUCCCAACUGGCAGUAAAAUGUCAUUGCAUUUCAAUUUUUUACCUAGAAGAUGUUAACCUGUUAGUUAAAAUUCCUUUUUUGGAAGUGGUGUGACAAUAGCAGAAUUUAAAAGUAAAUUAUUUUCACAGAAUUUUUUUUCAUUGAAAAGAAACCGAGGCCAUCAAUACAUGCUUAGAGCUGCACGUUUUUUGUUGUUGUUGUUGUUGUUGGUUUUUUUUAGUUGUACUUUAGGUUCUGGGGUACAUGAGCAGAUCAAGCACAAUCAUUGCAUAGGUAAAUACAUGACAAGUUGGUUUGCUGCCUCCAUCCCCCCGUCACCUAUAUCUGGCAUCCAUCCCCAACCUCCUCACUCCCCACUAUCCCUCCCCUAGUCUUCCCCAACAGACCCCAGUAUGUAAUGCUCCCCUCCCUGUUUCCAUGUGUUCUCAUUGUUCAACACCUGCCUAUGAGUGAAAACAUGCAGUGUUUGAUUUUCUGUUCUUGUGUCACUUUGCGCAGAGUGAUGAUUUCCAGAUUUAUUCAUGUCCCUACAAAGGACACAAACUCAUCAUUUUUUAUGGCUGCAUAGUAUUCCAUGGUGUAUAUAUGCAACAUUUUCCUUGUCCAGUCUAUCAUUGAUAGGCAUUUGGGUUGGUUCCAGGUCUUUGCUAUUGUAAACAGUGCCACAGUGAACUUACGUGUGCAUAUCUCUUUAUAAUAGAAUGAUUUAUAAUCCCUUUGGUAUAUACGUAGUAAUGGGAUUGCUGGGUCAAAUGGAAUUUCUAUUUCUAGAUCCUUGAGGAAUCACCACAUUGUCUUCCACAAUGGUUGAACUGAUUUACACUCCUCCCAGCAGUGUAAAAGUGUUCUUAUUUCUCCACAUCCUCUCUAGCAUCUGUUUUCUCCAGAUUUUUUUAUGAUCGCCAUUCUAACUGGUGUGAGAUGGUAUCUCAAUGUGGUUUUGAUUUACAUUUCUCUGAUGACCAGUGAUGAUGAGCAUUUUUUCAUAUGUUUUUUGGCCUUAUGUAUGUCUUCUUUUGGGUUUAUUUUUUUUUUCUUGUAAAUCUGUUUUAGUUCUUUAGAGAGUCUGGAUAUUAACCCUUUGUCAGAUGGGUAGGUUGCAAAAAUUUUUCCCCAUUCUGUUGGUUGCCGGUUCACUCUAAUUAUUGUUUGUUUUGCUGUACAGAAGCUCUGGAGUUCAAUUAGAUCACAUUUGUCUAUUUUGGCUUUUUUUGCUGUUGCUUUUGGUGUUUUAGUCAUGAAGUCCUUGCCUAUGCCUAUGUCCUGAAUGGUUUUGCCUAGGUUUUCUUCUAAGGUUUUUAUGGUGUUAGGUCUUAUGUUUAAGUCUUUAAUCCAUCUGGAGUUAAUUUUAGUGUAAGGUGUCAGGAAGGGGUCCAGUUUCUGCUUUCUGCACAUGGCUAGCCAGUUUUCCCAACACCAUUUAUUAAACAGGGAAUCCUUUCCCCAUGCUUGUUUUUGUCAGGUUUGUCAAAGAUCCAGCAGUUCUAGAUGUGUGGCAUAGUCUCCAAGGCCUCUGUUCUGUUCCAUUGGUCUAUAUCUCUGUUUUGGUACCAGUACCAUGCUGUUUUGAUUACUGUAGCCUUGUAGUAUACUUUGAAGUUAGGUAGUGUGAUGCCUCCAGCUUUGUUCUUUUUGCUUAGAAUUGUCUUGGCUAUAUGGGCUCUCUUUUGGUUCUAUAUGAAGUUUAAGGUGGUUUUUUUCCCGUUCUGUCAAGAAGGUCAUUGGUAGCUUGAUGGGGAUAGUAUUGAAUCUACAAAUUACUUUGGGCAGUAUGGCCAUUUUCACAAUAUUGAUUCUUCCUAACUAGAAGCAUGGAAUGUUUUUCCAUCUGUUUGUGUCUUCUCUGAUUUCGUUGAGCAGUGGUUUGUAGUUCUCCUUGAAGAGAUCCUUUACAUCAUUUGUAGUUGUAUUCCUAGGUGUUUUAUUUUCUUUGUAGCAAUUGCAAAUGGGAGUUUGCUCUUGAUUUGGCUCUUUUUAAGUCUGUUAUUGGUGUAUAGGAAUGCUUGUGAUUUUUGCACAUUGAUUUUGUAUCUCUAGACUUUGCUGAAGUUGCUUAUCAGUUUCAGGAGAUUUUGGGCUGCGACAAUGGGGUCCUCUAAAUAUACAGUUGUGUCCUCUGCAAAUAGAGACAAUUUGACUUCCUCCUUUCCUAAUUGAGCGCACAGUUUUUAACAGAGUAACAUACAUAAGUACAUAAUUUUAUUGUUGCAAAUCAAAAUAAAGUUGUUCUGAUAAAAUAAUGAAUAUUUGAAAUAAUGUCAGCCCAGAGAAUUGAGCAGCUGUACUGAGUGGCGCGGUGGUCUAGGCACUUCUUGGACAGUAUAUCUCACCUGCCGGUGAAACUCCAGUGUAAGAAGAUUAAGAAGCGGAACCUAAAGUUGCAGCAGCGGAACCUAAAGUUGCAGGCCUCAAAUCUGACUAUCAGAAACUGAAAAUGGAGAUGUGUCUGAAGAAGCAAUGGGAGGUAGAAAAGUUAAAAAAAUCAAAACAUUCUAUGAAUAUGGGCCUGUCAGAAGCUCAACAUGGAGAUGUGUCUCAAGAAGCAGUGGAAAAUAUAAAAGUUAAAAAAUCUCCCCAGAAAUCCACCGUAUUUACCAGUGGAGAAGCAAAAAUGCAGUCUCCCAAUUCAGAAUCAAAAAAGAAAAAGAGAAAAAUGGUGAAUGAAGCUGGGCCUAAUACAAAAAAAGCAAAAACCGAAAACAAAGGGGAAUCUGAAGGAGAAAGUGCCGAGACUCCUAAAGAAACAGAAAAUAAUGUAGAAAAGCAAGGUAAUGAUGAAGAUGACAGUGAGGUGCCCAGCCUGUCCAUGAGACUGACUAGAGCUUUUCAGGAUACUUUAUUUGCUUCUCUAUGUAAUCUUGUCAAUGAAAACACUCUGAAGGCAGCAAAAGAAAUGGGUUUCACAAACAUGACUGCAAUUCACAAAAGUAACAAACCACUUCUGGUAGGCAGGGCUCUUCUAGCAGCUGCAAACAUAGGCAGUGGUAAAACCCUGGCUUUUCUCAUCCCUGCAGUUGAACUCAUUGUUAAGUUAAAGUUCAUGCCCAGAAAUGGAAUGGGAGUCCUUAUUCUCUCACCUGCUAGAGAACUAGCCGUGCAAACUUUUGGUGUCCUUAAGGAGCUAAUGACUCACCACGUGCCUACCUAUGGGUUGAUAAUGGGUGGCAGUAACAGAUCUGCUGAAGCACAGAAACUUGAUAAUGGGAUCAACAUCAUUGUGGCCACACCAGGCCGUCUGUUGGACCAUAUGCAGAAUAUCCCAGGGUUCAUGUAUAACAACCUGCAGUGUCUGGAUAUUGAUGAAGCUGAUCGUAUCUUGGAUGUUGGAUUUGAAGAGGAAUUAAAGCAAAUUAUUAAACUUUUGCCAACAUGUAGACAGACUAUGCUCUUUUCUGCCACCCAAACUCGAAAAGUUGAAGACCUGGCAAGGAUUUCUCUGAAAAAGGAGCCAUUGUAUGUUGGUGUUGUUGAUGAUAAAGCUUAUGCAACAGUGGAUGGUCUUGAGCAGGGAUAUGUUUUUUGUCCUUCUGCAAAGAGAUUCCUUCUGCUCUUUACAUUCCUGAAGAAGAACCGAAAGAAGAAGCUCAUGGUCUUCUUUUCAUCUUGUAUGUCUGUGAAAUACCACUAUGAGUUGCUGAACUACAUUGAUUUGCCCGUCUUGGCCAUUCAUGGAAAGCAAAAGCAAAAUAAACAUAUAACCGCAUUCUUCCAGUUCUGCAAUACAGACUCUGGAACACUAUUAUAUACAGAUGCGGCAGCAAGAGGACUGGACAUUCCUGAAGUUGACUGGAUUGUUCAGCAUGACCCCCCUGCCGUUGACCCUAAGGAAUGUAUUCAUCGUGUGGGUAGAACAGCCAGAGGCCUAAAUUGGAGAGGGCAUGCCUUGCUCAUUUCGUACCCAGAAGAAUUGGGUUUUCUUCACUAUUUGAAACAAUCCAAGGUUCCAUUAAGUGAAUUUGACUUCUUCUGGUCUAAAAUUUCUGACAUUCAGUCUCACCUUAAACUUCAUAUGGAACCAAAAGAGAGCCCAUAUAGCCAAGACAAUUCUAAGCAAAAAGAAUAAAGCUGGAGGGAGGCAUCACACUACCUAACUUCAAAGUAUACUACAAGGCUACAGUAAUCAAAACAGCAUGGUACUGGUACCAAAACAGAGAUAUAGACCAAUGGAACAGAACAGAGGCCUUGGAGACUAUGCCACACAUCUACAACCGUCGGAUCUUUGACAAACCUGACAAAAACAAGCAUGGGGAAAGGAUUCCCUGUUUAAUAAAUGGUGUUGGGAAAACUGGCUAGCCAUGUGCAGAAAGCAGAAACUGGACCCCUUCCUGACACCUUACACUAAAAUUAACUCCAGAUGGAUUAAAGACAUAAACAUAAGACCGAACACUAUAAAAACCUUAGAAGUCCAAAAUCUUUAAACACAUUAGCAAGAAGUCAUCCGACAGCAGGCAGUUCUCUCACUGAAGACAUGCUUUUCUUUCAUCCUGAAUAACUUUGUCCUAAAGUGAAUGUUUUCCCCCUUGAUUUAACAGACUUUUUGUAGGCUUUAGAAUUUGGACUUAUCUAACAAGAGUGUAAAUUGACUUAAGUUGCGAGCACUGAGCACUAUUACUUCUAUCAAGUCUCUCUUUUAUUUUUGAGAUCUAAAACAGGCUUUAUUUUCUUGGUUGCCCAAGGACAGAGCAAGAAAUAUCUGGUCUUUCUUUCGAUUAUAUAUUUUAAUUUUAAAUAUCCCUCCCUCAAACCCACAAAUGUAUGUUACUCUUUUAAUACUUUUUGUACUUUUAAAUUAAUAAUGAAUUUUGUCUUAAUUUAAAAAUCAUUAUCAAGAAGAGAAUGACUUUGAUGUUAUUUUUUUGUUAUAUUACAUAUUUCAUGCAAAAACCUUUGAGUCCUUUAGAAUAAUAUAAGUAUUAUUAUACUUUUUAACAGGAAAACCUAAUGUGGUAUGAUGUGCAAUCCCUUAUAUAUUUCAAAAAUAAAUGGAGCAAAUUCAAGCAAGGAUAUAGUUUUAAGAAACAUGCUUCUACUUACAAAUGGCUGUUUAAUAUUACUUUAGCCCUUUCUAAUGUUUUUUAUGCUCCCUAAUUUAUUAUUAUAACCUCUUUUAUUUUCACUACUACCCUGUUAAAGGGAAAAAAGUUAUUUCAUA